AUGUCCCUCUCCCGAAGCCCGUCUCCUAUACCUGGGGGCGGCUGGGCAAGCCCUGGCUUGACCAUCAACACCAGCGGUCGAUCGAGUCCGAGUAAAGGCUACUUCUCAGGUUCCAACGGGGCAUCCAUGCCUUGGGAGACUGCCAAAAUGAGGUCUGCAGGCAUGAACGGAUAUCCUUCGUUUUCUACCCAGAACCAGGGCUUCUUCACACGACACAUGCGCCGCAUAUCGAGUAGCCUGCCACGAUUCAACAAUCAGAGCCAGUACGCAGAGAAGGAGAAGUUGGGUAGAGGGUCAUGGGCAGCUCAGAAGGCGCCAUUGGCAGGGAGGAUACGGAGCGUCUUUGCGCGCAUGGGCAGGAAGAUGAAGUUUCGACUGUUACUUCUUUUCGUGUUGUUGCUGUCGCUUACGAUUUUCUACACGACCCCUUUGGUUCACCACUGGCGAAGAACGAUAGGCGGCGGCCAGAAGCAUGUCAUCAUCCUGGCAGCAAACAUUGGCGGCGGAGUGAUGGAGUGGAAGGGUGCUCGCGAGUGGGCCAUUGAGCGAGACAGCGUGCGGAACAAGAAGAAGUAUGCGUACCGGUGGGGAUACGACCUCGAAAUCGUCGACAUGAGCACCAAGAAGCGUUACGCGCACGAGUGGCGCGAGAGCUGGGAGAAGGUUGACUUCAUCCGCCAUGCUUUCCGCAAAUACCCCAAGGCUGAAUGGGUUUGGUGGUUGGAUCUUAACACAUACGUUAUGGAGCUAUCGUACCCCCUGCAGAACCACAUCUUCAACGACAUCAGCUCGCACGUCUACCGCGACAUCAACGAAUACAACCCUCUGAACAUAUCGCAUCCCUUCACCGAUCCCUAUCUCGACGAAGAGUCACGAAGCCCUAUCGGCGAUGGAAAGUCGGAGUCUGUCAAUCUGAUCCUUUCUCAGGACUGCUCCGGCUUCAACCUAGGCUCCUUCUUCGUGAGAAGAAGCGCAUGGGCCGAUCGCAUGCUUGACGUCUGGUGGGAUCCCGUCGCCUACGAGCAGAAACACAUGGAGUGGGAGCACAAGGAGCAGGACGCCCUGGAGCAGAUGUACACGACACAGCCCUGGAUCCGCAAGCAUACGGCCUUCCUACCCCAGCGCAUGAUCAACAGCUUCCCGCCUGGCGCUUGUUCCGAGAAUGGAAACGACACUCGUAUCCAUUACGAUCAGAAGGACCGCGACUUUGUCGUCAACAUGGCCGGCUGCGAAUGGGGUCGCGACUGCUGGGGAGAAAUGUACAACUACCGCGAGCUCAGCUAUUACCUGAACCGCAACCCCUGGGAGCGCUUCAAAGAGGACCUCAUCGCUGUCAUCUGGUUCAAACUCACCGGCCAGAAGGUCAAGCUUUGA